CUCCCAACGUGCAGGGCUACUCUCGCGCGCUCUUCACUGUGCGUACGUAAGUGAGCUCUCUGUCUCUACGAGGGAAAAACAGAAGUCGAAAUAUAUGGUGUGUGCAUAACAACCUCGCAAUGAAUGUGUCCAACACAUCAGAGUCCAUGAACUGGACUGUAAGUGCGACGAACGGGACGGAGCACUUCUUCAACCCGGAGACUGGCUACGAGAACUGGGUACCGAUGAGUGAGGAGCCGAUCUACGAGGUGCCUCCACAUCAGGUGAUCAUCCUGAGCUUUUGCUACGGCAGCAUCUCCGUGGCCGCGGUCCUGGGCAAUGGAUUAGUCAUGUGGGUCAUCGCCACCAGUCGGCGCAUGCGCAGUGUUACCAACUACUACAUUGCCAACCUCGCUCUCGCAGACAUCGUCAUCGGCCUCUUCGCCAUUCCGUUUGAGUUCCAGUCUGCGCUGCUGCAAAGAUGGAUUUUUCCAGCGUUCAUGUGCAGUUUCUGCCCCUUUGUCAAGGUAAUCAGUGUGUCUGUGAGUGUUUUUACGCUGGCAGCCAUCGCAGUGGACCGGCACCGAGCAAUCCUUACACCAUUUACGGCUCGCGUAUCCAAAGUCCAGUUCAAGUUGGUGAUAUCGUUCAUUUGGCUGAUCAGUGGGCUGAUGGGCGCCCCCUACCUGUUCGCUAUGGGACUUGUCAAGAUGGACAAUGCUGGCGACAAGUACAUGUACUGCUAUCACGUCAAUCUGUCCAAGGAGACAAUGCUGGUGUACCAUGGCACGCUCGUGCUCCUGCAGUAUCUGGUACCACUGACCAUCAUCACCUGGGUGUACGCCCGCAUGGGGUUCGCACUAUGGGGGGCCACGGCACCUGGCAACGCGCAGACUGAGCGAGACGCCAAUAUCAUGCGGAACAAGAAGAAGGUGAUCAAGAUGCUGGUGAUUGUGGUUGCGCUGUUUGCUCUCUGUUGGCUUCCUCUACAGACAUACAAUGUUCUGCAGAACAUAUUUCCCGAAAUAAACACAUUCCGAUACAUAAACAUAAUCUGGUUUUCGUUUGACUGGUUGGCUAUGAGCAACAGCUGUUACAACCCCUUCAUUUAUGGGAUAUACAACGAAAAGUUCAAGCGAGAGUUCCAGAUGCGGCUGAGGAUGCCGUGCACGAAGCAACUCAAGCGUAGCGAGCCACUCGCUCGGGAACUCAGCGGACUCGAGAGCUCUCGCUUCGAAUGGCGGCGCAACUCUACCAUCAACUCCAAGAGCUCCAAGCUAACCUCUAUAUCGCUUCAAUGAGUGUCAAUGUCAUCUCACCCGAAUAAAAGAAAUAUAUCAACUAUUUCUUUUAUGGUUGAGAACGAAACUGAUUUAAGCAGACUGAGACAAACUGUGAGAAAGUACCCUCAGAGAUGUGAGUUGAGGCGAGUUUCUGAACAACAAACCCCUUAAGUGCCGCUUAAUUUUAGUGUAAAUAUGUAUAUAUGUGAAUAGUAAAGUUUAAAUAUUUUAACUAGGUUUAAUCUGUGAUUUAAUGUAAUAUAAAUUAUGGUUGUUCAUAGUGUUGUAUUAUAUAAAUUAGAUUUACUCUUCAACAUAUAUGUAUGUGAUCUAGAAACUCAACAAGAAAGUGACAAUUGCGUUAUUAAAAAAAAACACACGCAAAGGAGUAAACAUAUUUUAUGGAAUGUAUAUCACAACUUUUAUAUAUUGAUUGUGACUGUGAAUGUAACACGUAUGCGAGGUACAUUUGCAAAAAAAGUGAAUACAAAAUGAACUUCAGGCUCUUGGACUAAUACUUACUUACAGCAAGACCUAUUAUAGUACCUAAAGAAUCAGCUUCCUGUGCCAAUUUAGUUUGAAGUUUCCAUUUCACUGAAAAAUAUUUACCUAACUGCAAUUCUUUUUAAACACUACUUGUUUCAUUCUGAAAUAUUGACCCUAUGAGUCCUUCGUAACAUCUUGAAUACCCUGGAUUUUCCUCGUAUGUUACGGCCUAUUCAUUAUUUUGUUACGUCUUUCAUGGCUUUGGAUAGGUUCAUGGGUAUGGAAGUUCUUUGUUAUUAAAAUCGAAAGUAUUAGUAACUCUAAUAAUAUGAUUGAUUAUUCAGAAUUUCCGGGAAAACUACAGAAAACAUUUUUACUAAACGGAUUUAUUCACAGUAAGCUAUGCAUAUAUUAUUACCACAGCUACCCUACAUUGCACAGCUUUUUCCAAAAAUACUUAUUACUUAUUUAGGCACGCUCUAUUUAAUUUAUUUUAAUUUCCUAGCUACUUUUAUAAAACGAUAUUUACGCGUAUUUAAGAAGGAUAUAGUUUUGGAAUGAUGUCUCACUCUCUUGGAAAGUCUGUAACAUUAUGAACAACAUUUUAACAUGGCCAAGUUUUUUUAAUUGAUGUGAGUGACUAUUGUUUAGAUCUGCUUGAAUGAUUUUUUCCACACAUAUAGAAAUUAGAUUUAAUUCAAAGCUGCUUAGGAGAAAUGAGAAGAUUAACUUUUGCGAAGUCGUGAUGGAGUUACUAAUUAAUCAUAUUAGUGUCUUUGUUAUUUUUAAUCGAUACUGGUGCUAUAAUUUAAUUUUCACUGCACGUGUAUCGUAUAACCUCUGUACAUAAAAAGUGUGUUUUCAAACUUAACUGUACGAUGGAUAUCACAAGAAACACUUAAUUUAUGUUUUGUUUAAAUUAGCGAAAUUCGUUGUAUACAUUUAAAGUACAACCGAAAACCAUGUCAUUUUUACUGAAGAAUAUUUUUAUACUCUAUAUAGUUUUGUUUUGAUAUUUUAUCGUCAUAUAAUAUAAUCAUCUAAGACAUCACACCUAGUGUACAAUUUCCUAUAUUAACGAAAGAUGUUAUGUAAAACCUAAGAUAAGAAAACAGAUUGUGUACAAAUUAUAUUCAGUCAUAUUCUUAAAGACAAAAUAUUCAUGUUUAAAGUUUGUAAAUAAAGUUUUCGAUUCAUUACU